AUGAAUUACAACAGUUACGAAACGUCGUACACAUCGUACGGUGCUGGCGGCGGUGCUGGCGGCGGAGGCUUCAUACCCGGCGAGGGAGGCAGCCAGCAGAGCCCUGGUGGCCGGCGAGAGCACACGCAGGAUUCACUUCGUCCCGUGACCAUCAAGCAAAUUCUGGAAGCAACGACGGAUUCCAGUAGCAAAGAUGAAUUCAAGAUUGAUGGUGCAAUAGUCACUUUUGUCGGUCAAAUCCGCAACAUCUCCACACAAACGACAAACACGACCUACCGCCUCGAUGACGGUACCGGCAGCAUAGAAGUCAAGCAGUGGGUCGACUCGGAUGCCGUCGAUCACACAAAUCCUGCCAAAGCCAAGCUCGUCGAGGGCGCCUACUGCAGAGCAUGGGGCAAACUGAAGAGCUUCAACGAUCGGAAAUCUGUCGGUGCUCAAAUCAUUCGCGCUAUCGAGGAUAUGAACGAGAUCUCGUACCACCUGCUUGAAGCCACAGCAGUGCACCUCUACUUCACACGCGGACCUCCUGGUGCCGCCAAUACUGGUGUUGCUACUAAUAAUGCGGGUGCAGGGCAACAGCAGCAGGCUACGAGUGGCAACUUGGGUGGUUACAAUCUCUCUACAUAUACGCCUGUGGCGAGACGGGUGUUCCAAUUCUUAAGGGAGGCGCCCCAGUCGAAUGAGGGUUUGAACCAGCAUGAGAUUGCGGCCAAGCUUGGAAUCGACACAGCAGAGGUAGCCAGGGCUGGUGAUGAUUUGCUGGCCGGCGGUCUUAUUUAUACCACUGUUGACGAUCAGACCUGGGCGGUCCUCGAGGCUGAAUAA